ACACUGGUGAGAGACCAAAUUCUCUUGCCCACACAACGGCGCGCGACGGCGAACCUCUCAGGGGAAAAAAGGCGACGCGACGGCGCUGGAGCCGGCGGCCACUCCACACCCCAGAACGCGCUGACGGGAACGAGCGGAUCAAGGCCAGGUGCAUCGGCGGUGCCCACUGCUUCGCGGCGGUCUUCACCGGUGCCGUGGGGAUCGCGCCCUCUGCAGCCGACUUGUUUUGCACUUGUGGCAGUCUGGACGCCUACGAUCAAGUAAAUCAUGCGGGCAAAGCUUUGGAUGAGAUUUGCCCCCUUCCUUUCAAAGCGUUACAUCUCCACCUGCCGGACAUCCCCACUACCUCCAUCUUCAUCGAGCUCGGUAAUACAACCAUGGCUUUUUAUUGGCCUCGGUAACCCCGGUGAGAAGUACCAAUCCACCAGACACAAUGUUGGGUUUGAUAUGAUAGAUGCAUUUGCAGAGUCUCAGGGCAUAUCCCUGACAACGCAUCAUUUCAAAGCACUAUUUGGUGAAGGGGUGGUAGAUGGUGUCCCUGUUUUGCUUGCCAAGCCUCAAACAUACAUAAAUCUGAGUGGUGAAUCUGCUGGUGCACUUGCUGCAUAUUAUAAACUGCCACUUCACCGUGUCAUAGUGGCAUAUGAUGACACGGACCUGCCAUGUGGAGUUCUCCGUUUACAACCUAGAGGAGGAUACGGACGUCACAAUGGGUUGAAGAGUGUGAUCUACCAUUUUCGCAAGAACCGGGAAUUUGGUCGAUUAAGGAUUGGAAUUGGACGACCGCCUGGUCAGAUGGAUCCCAAAGCUUUUGUGCUUCAGAAGUUCAAUAAGACUGGUCGGGAACGGAGUGCAUCAAGUAGAACAUCAUCUUCUGUGUGCUUGUAAUUGCCACUUGACUGUGCCCAGUGAGAGUCCAAAUACACAAAGAAGGAUUGAGAGGGAGAAAGAUGGCAUGGUCGCUACCUUCUAGGCCCGAUGGAUGGAGCGGCCCCUUUGCCGAGGAGAUAGUGGUGGAGGAGGGCGGACUGGCAGCAGGGAGCAUGGCGACGGCGGUGAAGAGACCGGUGUGGAUCUCGAACUGGCAGGGGCGCCGCACCGCGGGCACACACGUAGCGUACGUUGUUCGCUGGCGGCCACGCCGUGUGCGUCCAUGUCCCCAGUGGCGGCCGACAACAUGACGCGCCAUUGCAGGUCCAUCAUGGACGCGAACGCCGGGUGGCCGACGAUGGCCGGCCUCCACCGGCAGGCCGGACGCCGCGGAGCAUGCCGAGGACAUCGUCCCGCAGCUGCGGCUGCAACACGCCCCCGUGAAGCCGCAUGGUGUUCGGCGUCGAGUCCGGGCCGUGGCCGCGGAGGAGGCGACGUUGACAACGACCGUGCCCAGCCGGCGCGUCAUUAGCGGGCCGUACCAUUCGGCGAGGCGUCCUAGGGAUCCGUGCAGCAGAUGUCGAGGAGCUUGCCGAUGAGCGGCCACACCCCAGGACACCAGAUGGAAAGUGGCAUCGGGAUCAGAAACAAAUCUGCGCAAUGUUUGGACUCAAGGGCUGCAUGCAUAUCUCCGUUAACGUCAAGGCUUUAAUUGAUUUUUUUUGAAGGGGCUUUAAUUGAUUUCCUUGCAUGCAGGAUCAUCAGUUAAUCACCGUCAAUAGAAAAAGGAAACUGCUUGAAAUUUGCUCCUGGGAUGUAGAGAUCGUGGGGGUUGGGUUGUCUGGCAUGACGUGAGAGGGUAGGUCUGCUGGCAGAACAUUUCAUCCCAACCGUUGAACUCACCGAUGUAACGUGGGCAGUUGGAUGUGAUUUAGCCUGCUAGAUCGGACGUUCGUGGUUUCUCUGUGUGUACUUCGCGGUGUGUCUAUAGGAAAACUCAUGUUUGCUUUUUUAAUAGUAGUAGAGAUAGUCUGGCUGACUGGCUGACUGACUGACUGACUGAGUGGAGGGGUGUUCCACACUUUGUCUAGAGUGCCGCAUACAUCAACCGGAUGCUUAAUGU